AUGUCCUUAGAGGACAUAGUGAAGAGUUUGGCAACUAGUACACAAGCUUUCCAACAAGAGACAAAAGCAAGCAUAAAGAACUUAGAGAAACAAGUUUCACAACUUGCUACUUUCGUAAGCAAAUUAGAAUCUCAAGGAAAGUUACCUGCACAAAAAACAAACCCAAGGCACAACGUGUGUGCCGUCAAAAUGAGAGGCGGAAAGAGUUAUGAUGGUCCAAAAGUGUCGGUUGAUCAAAAGGAAGAAGAAGUAGUGGUCGAAGAGGCAACCAAAGAAGAGAAGAAGGAAGAGAAAACAAUCGAAAAGAAGCCCUUCAUCACUAAGUCUAAAGCCACACCUGCUCCAUUUCCCGAAAGAUUAAAGAGCACGAAGAAAGAACGGGAGGAGAAUGAGAUCAUGCAAAUGUUCAAGAGAGUUCAAAUCAACAUUCCACUCCUCGAGGCCAUCAAGCAGGUACCUAGAUAUGCAAGGUUCCUUGAGGAUCUUUGUGUAUCUAAAAAUAAAUUAAAAGGAAAUCAAGUCGUAACAGUUGGGGAACAUGUAUUUGCGGUUUUGCAAAAGAGGAUGCCCCCGAAGUGCAAGGAUCCCGGUGUCUUUACCGUACCUUGCAAAUUGAGGAAUCUUCAUGUACCCCGAACUAUGCUCGAUCUAGGUACAUCUGUAAAUGUCCUACCACAUUCUCUUUUCAAAUCAAUUGGUGAAGGAACAUUGAGCAAAACCGGUGUGAUCAUCCAACUUGACGACCGGUAUUUGGUACACCCAAAGGGUGUACUAGAGGACGUGUUAGUGCAAGUCGAUGAAUUUAUCUUCCUGGCUGAUUUUUAUGUCUUAGAUAUGGGAGAUGAUGACCCUCCAAGUUCAAGUUCCAUACUUUUAGGUAGACAUUUUCUUAAAACUUCCAAAACAAAAAUUGAUGUCUACAAUGGAACUUUAAGUAUGGAAUUUGAUGGUCAAGUUAUCAACUUCAAUGUGCAUGAAGCAAAAAAGGUUCCUUCCGAGCGAAAACUAGACAAGGACAAAGCCAAAGAGCUUGCAAAGGAGGUCGAUAUGGACAAUUAG